UCCUUACUCCCUCGGCCACGGAGAGGGAAGGGUGAGGGGCCGGUACAGGCCCAGAAGUUCCCAAAGACCGGCCUGCGCCAGGUUUUCUUUUGGAAAUUCUUUGGAUUCUGGAGUUCCAGGCUUUAGGCACUUAUGCUAAGGCGCCUUCUCCACGGAACAAUCGCCAAUUAGAAUAGUAACUUAAAGCCAAAUGUCUUUUUUCUGAGUAACAAAUGGUGUUCUAUGACCACCUAAUUUACAUAAUGCUCACCCUCCCAGAGUAACCCCCAAAUCGAUCCCCAGAGGGAAAGCGAGCUCAUCCUACCCGCCCCGCCCCCGCCAAGCCCCCGGGGACUCCCUAAGGCAGCUCAGGCUAUAAAGAGGCAGGGGAGUCCCGAGGCAAGUUCUAGUCAACAGGGGGUAAUUGUGGGACAGCCUUGGGAGAAUCUUGAGAAAAAAAGAGGGAUAGUCUGCUGCUGCUCGGUGAUAUCAGAACAUCUGUGUGAGGCCAGGAAAAUCUGAAGGUGGAGUCUUGAUCAAGGGAAUCCUGACCUGAGGUGCUCCGGGGCUGAAGUGUGGGAUCCCUGCUGUUGAUGUCGAACGUAGGACAACUGUCUUGGAUUCUGGGUUCUUCUCUGGAAGUACUCGCUGGAGGGAUUCAGCAGUUGGUGGACAACCGUGGCAGGUCAGGAUAACCAAAGCACUGAGCUCUUGAAUGAGAAAUGCUGACGUUUUCCUCUGGUUUCCAAUAUCACAGCUCUGGUUAACAGGUCUCCCUAAAAUUAGGCGAGCACCGCUUCUGUGCAGGAAGCUUGAUCCAAGAUGAUCUGGUUGUUACAGCAGCACACUGCUUGGUUGGCCUCAAUGAGAAGCAAAUUAAGAGUCUGACUGUGACUGGGGGGCACAACCUCUUUCCGGAGGGUAAACAAGAACAGAAGAUUCCUGUUUCAAAAAUGAUUAUCCAUCCUGAGUACAACAGACUUGGAUAUAUGAGCUCUGAUAUUGCACUGCUGUAUUUAAAACACAAAGUCAAGUUUGGAACUGCUGUUCAGCCAAUCUGUCUUCCCCAUAAAGAUGAUAAAUUUGACGCAGGGCUUCUUUGCAUGACCAGUGGAUGGUGCAAGAUUUCAGAGACAUCAGAGUAUUCAGAUGUCCUACAAGAAGUGGAGCUUCCCAUCAUGGACGACAGAAUGUGUAAUUCUGUGCUGACGGGUAUGAAUUUUCCUCUCCUGGGGAGGACCAUGAUGUGUGCCAGUUUUCCUGAUGGGGAAAAGGAGGCCUGUCAGGGAGACUCUGGAAGUCCAUUUGUUUGUAGAAGAGGCAAUGGAAUCUGGGUCCUUGCUGGGAUAACUUCCCAGGGAGCUGGUUGGACUAGAGGUUGGACUUUAAGAAAUAACCAUAGAAGGGCAUCACCUGGCAUUUUCUCCAAGGUGUUUGAGUUGAUGGAUUUUAUCACUCAGAACACAUUCACAGAUUGUAGAUCUGAGAGAACAGUGUUAUUUGGAGAAAAUGGGAAGAUUCGUUACCACCAUUCCAAAGAAAGCAGCUGUUCUCAUAAUUGCUUAUGUAUGUGGAAAAUAAUGGUACCAGAAGAUAAAAUUAUCCUGAUAAAAUUUGCAAGCUUAGACAUACAAAAUCAAGUUGGUUGUGACCAUGGCUAUAUAUCUUUACAAUCAAGCAAUGGAGUGCUUAUUAGUAAGGUCUGUGGAGAUACAUUGCCUUCACCAUUGCUGACUGAGACCAGUGAGGCCACAGUUACAUUUGUUUCUGAUCCAGAAAACAGUGGCAGCAGCUUUGAGCUUACAUUUACUGCUGUUCAGAAGAACUCAGAAGCUGGUUCAGGCUGUGGGAGUGUAGCUGUAUUGGUAGAAGAAGGGAUGAUUCACUCUGCCAGUUAUCCUGACUCGUAUCCCAUGAAUGUAAAGUGUCAUUGGUUCAUUCGUGCUCCGGAGAAACACAUUAUAAAGUUGGAAUUUGAGGACUUUAUCACUGAAUUUAGCCCAAACUGUAUUUAUGAUGCUGUUGUGAUUUAUGGUGAUCCUGAAGAGGAGCACGAGUUAGCUAAACUUUGUGGGAUCUUAAACCCUACUCCAAUAUUCAGUCCUCAUAAUAUGCUGGUGAUUCAUUUUAAAAGUGAUGGUGAAAAUAACUUCCGAGGCUUCAAGGCUACUUUCACCUUUUUGCUCUCAGACUCUUCAAACCAAGUUGGAUCGACAUCACCUCCCCAAACCAAUCUUGUAUCUUCUGCAAAACUUAUUCCAUAUGGUAUCUGUGGCAUCCCUCCAUUUAGUCUCCAGUGGCUUUCCAGAAGAACUGUAGUGGGGGAGGAAGCCUGUCCCCACUGUUGGCCAUGGCAGGUGGGUGUGAGGUUUCAAGGCAGUCACCAGUGUGGAGGUGCCAUCCUCAACCCAACCUGGAUUCUCACUGCAGCCCAUUGUGUGCAAUCGAAAAAUAAUCCACUCUUCUGGACCAUUGUUGCUGGGGACCAUGACAGAACCCUGAAGGAAUCAACUGAGCAGGUGAGAAGGGCCAAGCACGUUGUGGUGCACGAAGACUUUGAUAGCCGGAGCUUUGACUCUGACAUCGCCCUAAUACAACUGAGCUCUCCUCUGGCGUUCAACUCCAUCGUGAGGCCAGCGUGUCUCCCAGAAAGCACGGAGCCACUCUUUUCCUCUGAGAUCUGUGCUGUGACUGGAUGGGGAAGCAUUAGUGAAGCAGGUGGCGGCCUCGCAAGGCGCUUGCAGCAGAUUCAGGUGCUUGUGUUAGAAAGAGAGGUCUGUGAACACGCUUACCACUCUCACCCAGGAGGGAUCACAGAGAGGAUGAUCUGUGCUGGCUUUGCAACCUCUGGAGGGAAGGAUUUCUGUCAGGGAGACUCUGGUGGGCCAUUAGUAUGUCGACAUGAUAAAGGUCCCUUUGUCCUGUAUGGUAUUGUCAGCUGGGGAGCUGGCUGUGCCCAAACAAGGAAACCAGAUGUAUUUGCCAGGGUGAGUGUCUUCUUGGACUGGAUCCAAUCCAAAAUCAAAGGUACAGGUCCUGCUUCACUUUGGAUAAAUAAUGAAAGAAAAACCUUAACAAGACAACAGUUGCCACCACCCACACCUUCAAUAGACAAUGAGUCUGGACCAGGUUGUUAUUCUGAAGUGGAGCUAGAAGAGCCCAGAGGCUUUUUUUCAACUCCAAGAUAUCCACUGGAUUAUAGAGGAAAACUGGAAUGUUCCUGGGUGCUCAGAAUUUCACCUAGCAGUAUGGCAAAAAUGACGGUUGAAUAUCUGUCACUCCCUGGGUCUCCAAUAUGUCCAGAUUCAGUUAUGACUAUUUAUGAAGAAAGCCACAGUAAGAGAAGGGUGUCAGGUGAAUUAUGUGGAAGAGGGCUUUACCCGAUGAUUUUCAUGAGCUCUGGACCACUGGUGAGGGUGACAUUUCGUUCCCUUGUGCAAGGUGCUUUGGGCAUAAGUUAUAUUGUCUUUAGAGUCCAAGGUCCAAAAGGCCGUAAAACUCCCAAACUUCUCCAAAGUUCAAACCGAGAACAUGUGGCCACUUAUGAGGAUGUUAUUCUGACUGAACCAGGAGGAAUCAUACAGAUCCCAAGAUACUCUCACAGAACCACUAUGAGUUGCCACUGGAAGUUAUUAGCCCCUUUAGAUCACAUCAUUCGCCUUGAUAUUAUCAACUUCCAGAUGAAGUCGACACCCUUGGCCUGUCAGGGUCAUAUAUGGGUUUAUGAAGGAUUUGGAUCAGGCAAAAAAUUAAUAGGAAAAUUAUGUGCAGGAAAUUCACCUUCAUUAAAAUCUCGUGGUCCUCUAAUGAUGUUGAUUUUCACAUACAAUGUCAGUUUGGGGUUGGAAGAAUUUUCUUUGAGAUAUUCUUUUCAUAUUCCCGAUUCCGUGAAAGGAAAAAUUAAAGUUAAUGAUCAAGGAUGUCCAGUAUUGGAUUUGAUCUCAGUUAGUUCUACUGAGAUCACAUCUCCCAAUUAUCCUCACAUUUAUCCCAACAUGCUGAACUGCACUUGGAUUUUUUAUUCUGCAUCAGGAAAUAAAACGAAGGCAGUGAUUAAAGACUUUACAACAGAAGAAUCUUGGAACUGUGAGUGGGAUUAUGUCAGUAUUUAUGAUGGACCAGAUCAGCAAUCAAGAUUACUUGCACAUCUAUGUGGCUCCAAGAAAGAAUUUGUCUUAAUAUCCAGUGGUGCUUACCUGACUAUCAACUUUAAGACUGAUCAGUCCGUGGGAGAAAGAGGUUUUAAACUCAUUUUGGAAGACACAGUUCAGAAGUAUUCACAAAAAAGUAAUAUGGGGACCCAAUUGUCUAUUAAUGAGGUAACAGUAGAAACCAGUCCUGGAAAACAGCCAACCCCAGACACCUGUGGAAUUCCUGGUGUUGACCCAUUUCUAAUGGAAGGGUCUAAGAGAAAUACAAAUGUGCCGCCAACUAGGCUGGGGGAGCCCAGGUUGGUUGGUGGCCAUGCAGCACCUGCAAAGUCGUGGCCCUGGCUGGUCAGUCUGCAGCACCAAGGACAACAUUUCUGCGGAGGUGCUCUGAUCGCCAAGCAGUGGGUCCUGACCGCAGCGCACUGUAACUUUAGUACCAUCACAGAUGGUCUAGUAAUAGGAAGAAGUUCCCUGUCAAACAUAGGAACCGGUGAUUUGCUACCAGUAAAAGCCGUAUACACUCACCCUGGCUUCACCCAGUUCCCUCCUACUGAUGAUCUGUCUUUGCUGCGUCUGGAGAACCCUGUUGAACUAGGAGAGUUUGUAUCUCUAAUCUGUUUGCCAGGGAAAUAUGAUAAAAUAAAUUUACUUUCCAAAUGUAUGACUGCUGGAUGGGGAAUAACUGAACCAUAUCAAGACGAAUUUUCUAAAACAAUGCAGCAGGCAGCUGUACCACUGAUCAGUAGUACAUCUUGUCGAAGUUACUGGGGACUGGAUAUUAAAAACACCAAUAUAUGUGGAGGGGCUGCAGGAUCAUCCUCAUGCAUGGGAGAUUCGGGAGGCCCUCUGCAGUGUGUGCAGGACGGACAAUACAAGCUCAUCGGUAUCGUGAGCUGGGGCAGCAGUAACUGCCAGCCCACUGCACCAACAGUCUUUGCCAGAAUUUCUGCCUACAGGGACUGGAUCACAUCUGUCACUGGAGGAGAAGUGUGAUCACUAAAGAGUAGCAUGGUGGAACUCUGUUCAUAAAUGGGAAGGGAAGUACCUAACAGCAUCUCUGAAAAAUAAGUCUCUGGUCAGUGUUAAAAGACCCAGUGACCCUUCCUCCAACCCUUGUCACAGAGGAGCUUGGAUUUGGUGUGUACAUGCGUUUAAUAUUAAACAUUGAACACAGAAAGAUAAUGUUGAUUCAUGCCUCCUGGGAAUUUAUAAUCUGAAAUGUCAUUAAAUUCAUAUUUAGUA